UUACCAAAGGGAGGGGACAGGCAGGUUUAGGAAAGAACGUCGUGACGGUGGUGACAGUGCCCUCUUCGAACUUUGGGGCGCUAGCCUGGGUUCCAGAAGGCCUGCUUUGCCCUGGAAGCGCGAAACUCGCAGCGCAACGCAAUUCCUGACCCCGUCCUCAGCUGCCCCGGGUUCUGUGCCUUCUGCGAAGAACGCGGCCCCUGCGGAGGGCCGAAGAGGCCAGGAGAAAGCGCUGUGAUUUGGCCUUGUAAGGAUUUGGUGCUAUGGAGAAAUUUUUGGUUGAAUAUAAGAGUGCAGUGGAGAAGAAACUGGCAGAGUACAAAUGUAACACCAAUACAGCAAUUGAACUAAAAUUGGUUCGUUUUCCUGAAGAUCUUGAGAAUGACAUUAGAACUUUUUUUCCUGAAUAUACCCAUCAACUCUUUGGGGAUGAUGAAACUGCUUUUGGUUAUAAGGGUCUGAAGAUCCUGUUAUACUAUAUUGCUGGGAGCCUAUCAACAAUGUUCCGUGUUGAAUAUGCAUCUAAAGUUGAUGAGAACUUUGACUGUGUAGAGGCAGAUGAUGUUGAGGGCAAAAUAAGACAAAUCAUUCCACCUGGAUUUUGCACAAACACAAGUGAUUUUCUUUCUUUGUUGGAGAAAGAAGUUGAUUUCAAGCCAUUUGGAACCUUACUUCAUACAUACUCUGUUCUCAGUCCAACAGGAGGAGAAAACUUUACCUUUCAGAUAUACAAGGCUGACAUGACAUGUAGAGGCUUUCGAGAAUAUCAUGAAAGGCUUCAGACCUUUUUGAUGUGGUUUAUUGAAACUGCUAGCUUUAUUGACGUGGAUGAUGAAAGAUGGCACUACUUUCUAGUAUUUGAGAAGUAUAAUAAGGAUGGAGUUACGCUCUUUGCGACCGUAGGCUACAUGACAGUCUAUAAUUACUAUGUGUACCCAGACAAAACCCGGCCACGUGUAAGUCAGAUGCUGAUACUGACUCCAUUUCAAGGUCAAGGCCAUGGUGCUCAACUUCUUGAAACAGUUCAUAGAUAUUAUAUUGCAUCUCCUUCUGUUCUUGAUAUUACAGCGGAAGAUCCAUCUAAAAGCUAUGUGAAAUUGAGAGACUUUGUGCUUGUGAAGUUUUGUCAAGAUUUGCCCUGUUUUUCCCGGGAAAAGUUAAUGCAAGGAUUCAAUGAAGAUAUGGCAAUAGUGUCACAAGAGAAGUUCAAAAUAAAUAAGCAACAUGCUAGACGGGUUUAUGAAAUUCUUCGACUGCUGAUAACGGACAUGAGUGAUGCUGAACAAUACAGAAACUAUAGGUUGGAUAUUAAAAGAAGACUAAUUAGCCCAUAUAAGAAAAAGCAGAGAGAUCUUGCUAAAAUGAGAAAAUGUCUCAGACCAGAAGAACUGACAAACCAGAUGAACCAAAUAGAAAUAAGCAUGCAACAUGAACAGCUGGAAGAAAGCUUUCAGGAACUUGUGGAAGAUUACCGACGUGUUAUUGAACGCCUUGCUCAAGAGUAAAGAUUACACUAUUCUGUACAGGAAGUUUUGCAAAUUUCUGUACAUAGUGUGGAAAAUCUGUGAUGACUUUAAUUUUCAAAUCUUGUAACAUUUGCUUACAUUAAAAGUUGUCUAUCCUACCUUUA